AUGGAGUUUUUGAAAGAAUUGUGUGACAGAUAUUUGGAAUUAAGUACUGAGACUACUGAGAUACCUCUCACAAUAAAAUCCUCUGGUGCAAGCACUGGUAAUUCAGAAAAGGAUUUGGAUAAAAUGGUUCCAAGUUCUGGAUCUUCAAGUUCACUUGAUUUGGUGGUAGUUCAUCAGCAACCUACAACUCAUGUUAAAAAUAGGCCCUUUCACAGAAUCAAUGACAUAACAAAAGAUACCGAGAAAGUGAGCAUUUCAUUGCUAGAUGAAACUGGAAGUGAGCACCUGCCAUAUUUUGUUUAUAUACCACAAAAUAUAAUUUACCAGAAUGCAUAUGUACAUGUCUCAUUAGCUCGGAUUGCAGACGAGGAUUGCUGUUCCAGUUGUAUAGGAAAUUGUCUUUUGUCGUCAGUGCCUUGUGCGUGUGCUCGUGAUACCGGGGGAGAAUUUGCCUACACACCUCAAGGGCUGCUGAAAGAAGAAUUUUUAAGAGCUUGUAUAUCUAUGAAUCAAGAACCACAAAAUCACUACCAUUUUUACUGCCAAGAUUGCCCAAUAGAAAGGGCUAAGAAUAGAUACAGGCCUGAAAAAUGCAAGGGCCAUUUAGUGAGGAAGUUUAUCAAAGAGUGCUGGAGAAAAUGUGGCUGCAACAUGCAGUGUGGAAACCGGGUUGUACAGCGAGGCAUUACCUGCAAAUUACAGGUGUUCUUCACAAAUGAUGAUAAAGGUUGGGGUCUACGUACACUGAAAGAUUUGCCUAAAGGUGCUUUUGUGUGUGAAUAUGUUGGAGAAAUUUUGACCAACAUGGAAUUAUAUGAAAGGAAUAAGAGACGCCCUGACAAUGACAGACAUACAUAUCCAGUGCUACUUGAUGCAGACUGGGGUUCAGAAGGAGUUCUGAAGGAUGAAGAUGCACUUUGUCUGGAUGCAACAAAUUAUGGAAAUGUUGCGAGGUUCAUAAAUCAUAGGUGA